AUGAGGUUAAAUAAUUUGCAGAGAAUAUCUCGACGGACACCCCAUAUGGAUCGCCUAAAUUUAGACCAGCACGCGGCACUGAACGCGACGGUCAAUGCGACUGUUAACACCACAGUCGCAGAAACCGGCCAUGAUGACCUCACUCAGACGAUAUUCUUCAAGCUGCGGAUGUCAGUACUGCUACUGAUCGUCAUCAUGGCAGUGUUGGGCAAUAUGCUCGUCAUUGUCAGUGUCAUGAGACAUAGGAAGCUACGUGUAAUUACCAACUACUUCGUCGUCUCCCUAGCGUUCGCAGACAUACUAGUAGCGAUGGUCGUUAUGCCGUUCAACUUCAGUGUACAAUUCAACGACAAAUGGCUGUUCGGCCCAACUAUUUGUGAUCUGUGGAACUCCUCGGAUGUGUACUUUACAUCGACGUCUAUUUUGCAUCUAUGUUGUAUAUCAGUAGACAGAUACUACGCUAUUGUGAAGCCAUUAAAAUAUCCUAUCAAGAUGACUAAAAAGAUGGCAUACAUUAUGUUAGCAGCAACAUGGCUAAGUCCAAUUACAAUAUCGUACGUACCAAUUUUUAUGGGCUGGUAUACAACCAGUGAUUUCUUAGUGCAGCAAAAUGACCAAUGCGAUUUCAAAGUAAAUAAGCCGUAUGCAGUAAUAUCCAGCUCAAUUUCAUUCUGGAUCCCCUGCACUAUAAUGCUAUUUACUUAUUACGCAAUAUUCCAAGAAGCGAAUCGGCAGGAGAAGAACUUGUAUGCACGAGCUGGUAACGCAAUGCUCAUGCAUAGGCCUUCUCGAGAUGUUAGCGAUAAAAAUGGUGCAUUACAUAUCAGUGCGACAACUCCAACGAAAGACAGAAAUAUUCUCAAAAUGAAAAGAGAACACAAGGCAGCGAGGACCCUCGGCAUUAUAAUGGGUGCCUUCAUCUUAUGUUGGCUUCCGUUCUUCUUGUACUACGUGUCGACAUCACUGUGCGAUACGUGCACCGUGCCAGAAGUUGUAACAGUGAUCAUGUUUUGGACUGGUUACUUCAACUCUGCAUUAAAUCCAAUAAUUUACGCAUACUUCAAUAGAGACUUUCGUAAUGCGUUUAAAAACACUUUAGCAUGUGCGUUCUGUAGUUUUUGUAAACGAAGUGCUUCUGAUUUGGAUGCGAUGGAGAGAUUAGAUCGAAGAGGAUCAACGCAACUCAGAGUACCCGUAGCUUCUAGAAGGACUUCGGAUUUGGCAUCCCUCUGA